AUGACGACCCCCUCCGCGCCCCUGCCCCGGUCUGUCCUGGGACGCCAUCGGCUUUUGUCACCUACAGCCAGCGUCCAUGUCAGUCCACUGUGUCUGGGCGGGAUGAAUUUUGGCGACGCCUGGUCCAGCAUCAUGGGCGAAUGCAGCAAGGAAACGGCGUUCGAGAUUCUCGACUAUUUCUACGAGAUGGGCGGGAACUUUAUUGACACUGCAAACAAUUACCAGGCCGAACAGUCCGAAACGUGGAUCGGCGAGUGGCUAGCCCUCCAUGGCCCAUACCGACGAGACGAGAUGGUCAUCGCGACAAAGUACACGUCGGGUUAUAAGGUCUUCUCCGAGCCUCACCUGCAACAGUCCAACUUCGGGGCAAACAGCACCAAGUCAUUGGUAUUGAGCGUCGAAGCGUCGCUGAAAAAACUGCAGACGAGCUAUAUCGACAUCCUGUACGUCCACUACUGGGACUACACGACCGGCGUGGAAGAGCUGAUGCAGUCGUUGAACCAGCUGGUGCAGAGUGGCAAAGUGCUGUACCUGGGCAUCAGCGACACGCCGGCGUGGGUGGUGGCAAAGGCAAACGCGUACGCACGACAUCACGGCCUGCGGCCCUUCUGCGUCUACCAGGGACGAUGGUCCGCCGCGCAACGGGACUUUGAGCGCGACAUUAUUCCCAUGUGCAAGGACGAGGGGAUGGGACUCGCGCCCUGGGGCGCCCUGGGCGGUGGCUACUUUAAGCCCUCUUCACAGCAGCCCGCGGAGCAGAGCGGCGGCCGCAACAUGGCAUCGCUCACUACAGGCCAAGAGGCCGCAGUGUCAAGGGUGCUCGAGAAGAUCGCCAACGCGCGCACGCCCGCCGUGCCACUGACCUCGAUCGCCCUCGCGUACGUCAUGCACAAGACGCCCUACGUGACGCCCAUCGUGGGCGGGCGCAAGCUGUCGCACCUGCGCCAGAAUAUCGAGGCCCUGACCAUCCGCCUCUCGCCCCAGGACAUCGACGACAUCGAGUCCGCGUACCCCUUUGACGUGGGCUUCCCCAUGAACUUCAUCGCCGGCAAUAACCCCAGGGGACCCCAAGGGCCCGCGGACAUUUCUCUCACCAAAAGGAUGGGUCAUUUUGAUUUCGUACAAAACUUGCAGCCCAUCCUGCCGCCGCCCGGCGUGGAGAAACUGGGCGAGGAGGAGAAAGCAAAGGUUCUGGGGUAUAGGCUGUCUUGA